CCCGACCCUCAAGGAAGUAUGUUCUCUGUUCUCUUUAAGUCUGUCGUGAACAGAUUCCAUCUUGUCCUUUUUUCUCUCUCUCUCUCUCCAGCAAUCUACCUUGUGUUCAAUCAGUUUCAUUUUACAGCAGAACCAACAUGAGCUCAUCAGUCAAACAUUUUCAUGGAUAAGGUUGACUUUAAUGGCCUUAGAAGAUUACCUGUGAUGUAAAUCGUCACAUUCCAUGAGGGUGUUUUAUACUUCACGACACAGGUUUGAACGUAAAGAUGUACUUACCGCUCAACUACUGUGAUAUCCGUUGGAACAACUGUUGGGACACAUUUACCGAAGGUAACACUUUAAAACCUCUUUGAGCUAAGAAACAAAUGAAUGGGCAGGCUAGAGGCUGUUUUUAAACCUCUCAAAUAAAACACAAAACUACAAGUGUGACUGGUUUGUUGUACAUUAUACUAUUGUCGAUACCAGACCUCCGACGCAUCGCGCCAAUAGAUAAAGACCACUUGGUGGUACUUGUAACGUGGUUCAUAGCGAUGAUCGUGGAUAUAUACGGUAUUACAUGACGGUGUCGUAACAGUUCCUGGAAAGUAUGUAUUGCCUCAUAGAAGGUAUACUCGGUGUGAGGUAGAGGGGAUUGGAAGAUACCGUUUUAAUCAGCUGUUACGGGAGAAUCCAAAAAUAUCGAUUUCUUUGUAGGAAUUGACAUCAGCCCCCCCAAAUACAAUAACAUGUUUAAAUGUGCGUGUGUUUGUUAUAUAAUUAUGGACACAAGUUGUACCAAACAAAGCGUCUGGGUCCGGUGAGUGUUAUGACAGCGCGAGCCGACGCUACAGUGGCAUUCACGGUGCCUCAACAUUUUACAUUUUAAUUGAACAAUUACUCAUAACUUCAUAAUACAUUUGAACAGUAUAAGACAAAUAAUCUUUAAUAUAAGGUCAUGGAAACAAUCCGUUUGAAAGAUUAUUUGUAAAGGAAGGGGUAAAAGCCUUAUUUAUUCACAAAAUUAUUAUUGUGUUGAAUUUGAGCUCGCGCUGUGCCAUUUCAGUAAACCUCACACAGAUAUGGACCAGUCCACUAUUCUACAGCUCUCAAGCGUUCUGUCUGUAUAAGUGUUUACUCGUCUAUUUUUCAUGGCCUCCUCUAUCCUUUCUUAUGUCCACCUAAAUAUAGGUGAAUGUUAGGAUGGCUGUGGACGGUACAGUACAUAGUAUUUACACGCGUUAACAGUGUAUCCAUAGAAAUCGAAUUAUAUUUACAGGCACUGAGGCUAAUUUGAUAUGUAUAUAAAUAUAUUUUAAACUGAUGUAAAUUCACUUUAUGUGAAUAAUAAUAAUUAUUAAAUAUUGAUGUUUAAAUAAUCGGAGGAAUUUGUAACGGUUUAGGUGUUGUACCUAGCCCACCCCCCUCCCCAAAUCUAGUCACAUUCCUGUUACCUUCAACUUUUUCUGAAAUGGUUUGAGAGAUAUCAAGUGACCAUUUCCUUUAUGGAACUUCCUGACGGGUUGGUUAUCAGGUUGUACUCAAAGAGAGAGGACCAGGAUGUCAUUGUGGCCAAGGUUAAUGAAGUAUGUACCUAUGACCUUUACACUGACAACACAAAGAAAACAGCAUUAUCCUCGGAGUGACCUUCAGGACUUUAAAAUAGUAAAAUCUUUCUGUUUUUGGAAUUGUGUACUUGUACUUGUCCCACAGUAAAACAGCACUACCUCCUAAAAUGAGUCUCUCAGAGGUGAAUGAGGCAGGCGCUGACGCAAACAGGCGUAUCUUUCAGGACCGUGACGCUGUAAAAGAGUCCGAAAGGCUCCAUCAGGAGAGACCAGUCUCCCCGGUACCCAGCUGUCUGUCCAUGAAGAGUGACCGGUCUAUGGAUAAACCUGUGUUUUUCGGACCGGAGAGACCAGUCUCCCCGGUACCCAGCUGUCUGUCCAUGAAGAGUGACUGGUCUAUGGAUAAACCUGUGUUUUUCGGACCGGAGAGACCAGUCUCCCAUGUACCCAGCUGUCUGUCCAUGAAGAGUGACCGGUCUAUGGAUAAACCUGUGUUUUUCGGACCGGAGAGACCAGUCUCCCCUGUACCCAGCUGUCUGUCCAUGAAGAGUGACUGGUCUAUGGAUGUACCUGUAUUUUUCGGACCGGAGAGACCAGUCUCCCCUGUACCCAGCUGUCUGUCCAUGAAGAGUGACUGGUCUAUGGAUGUACCUGUAUUUUUCGGACCGGAGAGACCAGUCUCCCCUGUACCCAGCUGUCUGUCCAUGAAGAGUGACUGGUCUAUGGAUGUACCUGUAUUUUUCGGACCGGAGAGACCAGUCUCCCCUGUACUGUCCAUGAAGAGUGACCAGUCAGUGGAUGCACCUGUAAUAACAGAACCAAAAGUCCAAUGUGAGAAACUACCGGUUGAGGCUGCCCAGAAUCAACGAACGGAUCUGAACUCAAUAUUCAGGGUGCUUGAAGACCGAGUCGUUGUUUUGGUAAAACGUGAGUUGAAGAGGUUCAAGAGGAUACUGAAUGGAGUUCAGAGGGAGGAUGAAGAUGAGAAGCAGGAGAGCAGUGCCAGAGAUGGGGCUCUGAAGAUCACACUACACAUCCUGAGGAAAAUGAACCAGAAGGAGCUCGCUGACACACUGGAGAACAGUCUUCUAGGAGAACUUGUUGCAUGUCAACAGAAACUCAAAUACAAUCUGAAGAGGAACUUUAAGAAUGUGUUUGAGGGAAUAGCCAAGCAAGGAAACCCAACCCUUCUCAGUAAGAUCUACACAGAGCUUUAUAUCACAGAGGGUGGAAGUGGAGAUGUCAAUCAUGAACAUGAGGUGAGACAGAUCGAGGUAACGUCCAAGAGACCAGCAACACAAGAGACGCCAAUCAAAUGCAACGACAUCUUCAAGCCUUUGCCUGGACAAGACAAAGAAAUCAGGACUGUGUUGACAAAGGGUGUCGCUGGCAUUGGAAAAACUAUCUCUGUGCAGAAGUUAAUUCUGGACUGGGCUGAAGGAAAAGGAAAUCAUGAUAUCCAAUUGAUAUUUCCACUUCCUUUUCGAGAUCUGAAUAUGAUGAAGGGGAAUAAAUACACCUUGAUGGAAUUUCUUCAUCACUUUUUCACGGAAACCAAAGAAUCAGGAAUCUCCAACUUUGAUAAGUACAAGGUUCUGUUUGUUUUCGAUGGUCUGGAUGAGUGUCGACUUCCUCUUGAAUUCAAGACCAAUGAGCACUGUUGUGAUGUCACAAAGUCAACGUCAGUGGACGUGCUGCUGACAAACCUCAUCAAGGGGAAUCUUCUUCCGUCUGCUCUCCUCUGGAUAACCUCCCGACCAGCAGCAGCCAAUCAGAUCCCUCCUGAGUGCGUUGACCAGGUGACAGAGAUACGAGGGUUCAAUGACCAACAGAAGGAGGAGUACUUCAGGAAGAGAUACCACGACGAGCAGAACAUGGCCAACAUAAUCAUCUCGCACAUAAAGACAUCAAGAAGCCUCUACAUCAUGUGCCACAUCCCAGUGUUCUGUUGGAUCUCUGCCACUGUCCUAGAGACGCUGUUGGGUGACGCACAGAGAGGAGAGAUGCCCAAGACUCUGACUCAAAUGUACAAACACUUCCUCAUCUUUACCAUACUGCACAAAAAACAGAAAUUUCCCCAAGGACCAGAGGAAGCUGAGUCAGAUUCACAGAUGAAAACAGACGAGGAGAUCCUCCUGAAACUGGGAGAACUGGCUUUCAGACAGCUGGAAAAGGGGAAUCUGAUAUUCUACGAGAAAGACCUGAGAGAGAGUGGCAUUGAUGUCGCAGAAGCGUCCGUCUACUCAGGAGUGUGUACACAGAUCUUCAGAGAGGAGAACGGGCUGUACCAGGAGAAGCUGUACUGCUUUGUUCAUCUGAGCAUCCAGGAGUUUCUGGGUGCUGUGUACGUGUUUGUCACAUUCAACAACGACCGUUUAAAUCUAAUGGCAGAACCUGAAACCACCACCAGAAACCACCAGAUGUCUGGUGACAACCUACAGACAAGCCUCCACAAGAGUGCAGUGGACAAGGCCUUACAGAGUGAGAACGGUCACCUGGAUCUGUUCCUCCGCUUCCUUCUGGGUCUCUCGCUGGACUCCAAUCAGACUUUUUUACCAGGCCUACUGACACAGACAGGAAGCAAGUCACAGACCAAUGAGAUAACAAUCAAGUACAUCAAGGAGAAGAUCAGGGAGAAUCUCUCUCCAGAGAGGUGCAUCAAUCUGUUCCACUGUCUGAAUGAGCUGAAUGACCGUUCUCUAGUGGAGGAGAUCCAAAGCUACCUGAGAUCAGGAAGUCUCUCUAGAGCCAAACUGUCACCUGCACAGUGGUCAGCUCUGGUCUUUGUGUUGCUGACUUCAGAAAAGGAGCUGGAUGUGUUUGACCUGAAGGAAUACUCCAGAUCAGAGGAAGGUCUUCUGAGGCUGAUGCCAGUGGUCAAAGCCUCCAGGACAGUCCUGCUAAACGGAUGUAACCUCACAGAGAGAUGCUGUGAAGCGUUAGCCUCUGUUCUCAGUUCAAACCCCUCCCAGCUGAGAGAACUGGACCUGAGUGAAAACGACCUGCAGGAUUCAGGAGUGAAGCUGCUCUCUGCUGGACUGGAGAGUCCGAACUGUAAACUGGAGACACUGAGGUUGUCAUUCUGUUUAGUCACAGAGGAAGGCUGUGGUUCUCUGGCUUCAGCUCUGAGGUCAAACCCCUCCCACCUAAGAGAGCUGGACCUUACCCACAAUCACCCAGGAGACUCCGGAGUGAAGCUGCUCUCUGCUAUCGUGGAAGAUCCACAAUAUAAACUGGAGAAACUCAGUGUGGAUCAUAAUUCCGAGUGUUGGUUAAAAUCAGCACUUAAGAAAUAUGCCUGUCAAUUGACACUGGAUCCAAACCCAGCAUUCAAACACCUGUCUCUGUCUGAGGAGAACAGAAAGGUGACACGGGUGGAAGAGGAGCAGACGUAUCCUGACCACACAGAGAGAUUUGAGAACUGGGAUCAGGUGCUGUGUAGAGAGGGUCUGACUGGACGCUGUUACUGGGAGGUGGAGUGGAUGGGGCACGAGGUCCAUAUUGGUGUAACAUAUAGUGGAAUAGGAAGAGAAGGAAGGGGUCAUGACUGUGGACUUGGAUACAAUAACAAGUCCUGGACUCUUAGUUGUAAUAAUGAUAUUUACACUGCCAGGUACAAUAAGAAGCCCACAACCGUACCUGACCACGCCUUCCGAUCCCACAGAAUAGGAGUGUAUCUGGACUGGCCGGCCGGCACUCUGUCCUUCUACAGCGUUUCCUCUGACACAAUGGCCCACCUGCACACAUUCCACUCCACAUUCACUGAGCCCCUCUUUCCAGCAUUUCGGAUCUGGUACUGUGGCGCCUCUCUGUCCCUGAGCCAGGUACCGCUGAGCCAGGUACCGCUGAGCCAGGUACCGCUGAGCCAGGUACCGCUGAGCCAGGUACCGCUGAGCCAGGUACCGCUGAGCCAGGUACCGCUGAGCCAGGUACUGGCUGAGCCAGGUACCGCUGAGCCAGGUACCGCUGAGCCAGGUACCGCUGAGCCAGGUAUCGCUGUGCCACAGUGAAUACAAAGAAAGUAUUUAAAUGACAAAUUAACUGUAGCUUUGACAACCAGAACCGAAUCUUGUGGGAGCUCUGGCACGUGAGCAUCUGUCACAAGGGGAACUGUAGAGCACUUUAAAGCUUAGAUGUAGUUUGCAUAUAUCCAUUGUGCACUUAUCAGGAGUUGACUGUAUUUUGUGUUAUCAGGAGUUGGCUGUAUUUUGUGUUAUCAGGAGUUGGCUGUAUUUUGUGUUAUCAGGAGUUGGCUGUAUUUUGUGUUAUCAGGAGUUGGCUGUAUUUUGUGUUAUCAGGAGUUGGCUGUAUUUUGUGUUAUCAGGAGUUGGCUGUAUUUUGUGUUAUCAGGAGUUGGCUGUAUUUUGUGUUAUCAGGAGUUGGCUGUAUUUUGUGUUAUCAGGAGUUGGCUGUAUUUUGUGUUAUCAGGAGUUGGCUGUAUUUUGUGUUAUCAGGAGUUGGCUGUAUUUUGUGUUAUCAGGAGUUGACUGUAUUUUGUGUUAUCAGGAGUUGGCUGUAUUUUGUGUUAUCAGGAGUUGGCUGUAUUUUGUGUUAUCAGGAGUUGACUGUAUUUUGUGUUCGAGUUAUUCAAGUAUCAAGUAUCAAACUAUCAGUAUUCUGAGUUCAGUUAUAUGCUAGAUUUGUAGAAUGUAAAAUGUGACAUUUUCAGCUCUAGAUCUGGGAUAUUACUAGUUAAAUCGCUGAUUCGUUCAUUCAUGUCUGCCUUCACAACAAAGGGAAUGAGUUCAUUCAUGUCUGCCUUCACAGCAAAGGGAAUGAGUUCAUUCAUACCUGCCUUCACAACAAAGGGAAUGAGUUCAUUCAUACCUGCCUUCACAACAAAGGGAAUGAGUUCAUUCAUACCUGCCUUCACAACAAAGGGAAUGAGUUCAUUCAUACCUGCCUUCACAACAAAGGGAAUGAGUUCAUUCAUACCUGCCUUCACAGCAAAGGGAAUGAGUUCAUUCAUACCUGCCUUCACAGCAAAGGGAAUGAGUUCAUUCAUACCUGCCUUCACAACAAAGGGAAUGAGUUCAUUCAUACCUGCCUUCACAGCAAAGGGAAUGAGUUCAUUCAUACCUGCCUUCACAGCAAAGGGAAUGAGUUCAUUCAUACCUGCCUUCACAGCAAAGGGAAUGAGUUCAUUCAUACCUGCCUUCACAACAAAGGGAAUGAGUUCAUUCAUACCUGCCUUCACAACAAAGGGAAUGAGUUCAUUCAUACCUGCCUUCACAACAAAGGGAAUGAGUUCAUUCAUACCUGCCUUCACAGCAAAGGGAAUGAGUUCAUUCAUACCUGCCUUCACAGCAAAGGGAAUGAGUUCAUUCAUACCUGCCUUCACAACAAAGGGAAUGAGUUCAUUCAUACCUGCCUUCACAGCAAAGGGAAUGAGUUCAUUCAUACCUGCCUUCACAGCAAAGGGAAUGAGUUCAUUCAUACCUGCCUUCACAGCAAAGGGAAUGAGUUCAUUCAUACCUGCCUUCACAACAAAGGGAAUGAGUUCAUUCAUACCUGCCUUCACAGCAAAGGGAAUGAGUUCAUUCAUACCUGCCUUCACAGCAAAGGGAAUGAGUUCAUUCAUACCUGCCUUCACAACAAAGGGAAUGAGUUCAUUCAUACCUGCCUUCACAGCAAAGGGAAUGAGUUCAUUCAUACCUGCCUUCACAACAAAGGGAAUGAGUUCAUUCAUACCUGCCUUCACAACAAAGGGAAUGAGUUCAUUCAUACCUGCCUUCACAGCAAAGGGAAUGAGUUCAUUCAUACCUGCCUUCACAACAAAGGGAAUGAGUUCAUUCAUACCUGCCUUCACAGCAAAGGGAAUGAGUUCAUUCAUACCUGCCUUCACAACAAAGGGAAUGAGUUCAUUCAUACCUGCCUUCACAACAAAGGGAAUGAGUUCAUUCAUACCUGCCUUCACAGCAAAGGGAAUGAGUUCAUUCAUACCUGCCUUCACAGCAAAGGGAAUGAGUUCAUUCAUACCUGCCUUCACAACAAAGGGAAUGAGUUCAUUCAUACCUGCCUUCACAGCAAAGGGAAUGAGUUCAUUCAUGCCUGCCUUCACAGCAAAGGGAAUGAGUUCAUUCAUGCCUGCCUUCACAGCAAAGGGAAUGAGUUCAUUCAUGCCUGCCUUCACAGCAAAGGGAAUACGUUAAUUUAACUGUGGAUUUAAAAUACAGUGAAUAUUAUGUGUUGUCUCAAUGUAAAACUACAGCACAAAGGAAGAUUCCUUAAACAACACUCAGGGAGAAAGACGGUGGCAGGGUGGGGGUGUGGAGUAAUGUAGUGAUGUUUUUCCAUAGAAUAUGUACAUUAAAAAUAUCUAAUCCAUUUUUAUUUUUAUAUGCCAAAGAAAAUGAAUGCGGUUCUUUAAAAAAAAUAUAUAUUUUCAAUAAAUAAAAAAGAAACAAGUCA